CUGCAGAACCAGGUCUGGCUGUGCUGACUCCUGCGCUGCAUUUUCGCUCACAGGAGAGAAGAGAAACUAACCCGCCGUCUCCCACUCGGACUUCUUGCUUGUUUUUUGCGUGUGCGCGCGUGUGCGUGUGCGUGACACCUAUGGCACACCAUUGAGCAGGGUGAAGACCUCCCUGGAUAUUUCGACUCCCGUUAACCCUCCAAGGUGUAUGGAAAGUGCUCCUGGAUGGACCUGGGCGAAACCGGCUGGUCCAUGGUCAAGCGAGAAGCCUCCAGCAGCCCAGGGUCGCCGGCCGAGCCGAGCUACCUGCCCGGCGGUGACAGCCGACGGAGCGGCGCGCACACCCCGGACGAGCUGAGGACUUCCCCCGGCGACCUUGACCCGCUGGGCGGCAGAACACUCCACCCUUACGCCCACUUCGGACACCACAGCAACCACCUGUGCGCCGGCGAGGACGUGCCACUCUUUACGGAUCUAGACCUGCAGGGCAGCAAGCUGGUUCUGUCCGGGGGCUCGCACAAGGCCGCCGGCCUGCUGGUGGACCCCUCCGACAUGUACCAGACCCUCGCCAUCGCCGCCGCGCAGAGCCAGAGCGGAUAUGAUUCCUCCAGCGGCGGUUAUAUGCACUCCAGCCCCAACUCCCCCGUGUACGUGCCGAGCUCCAGGGUGGGCUCCAUGAUCCCCAGCCUGUCCUACCUGCAAGCGGGCGGCGGCUCCACGCAGCCCGGCCACGCCGUCUCCAGCCACUCGGUGUGGUCGCAUUCCGCCCCCGAGAGCCCCUCCUACAGCACCGGGAGCCCCCACGGGUCUGGCCGCUUCCACUACCCUCCGAGUCCGCCCAUGAACAACGGCACCGGCCGGGACAUUGCCUACAGCAACACACUGAAUGUGGCCAACCGGGCCGAGCAGUACGGCCUCUCCCGGCCACUGAGCGCGGCCUACCCGGGGCCCUACUCGCCCUAUGUGGGCCCUCAGCUCUCCCAGCUGGCCACGCCUUGGACCGGGGGGCCUUUUGACAACAGCAUGCUGCACACCUUGCAGAGCAGGGGGGCACCUUUGAUCCGUGGUCCCAAUGGAGUUUCCGACAUUCUGGACGACAUGGGGGAGAGCAGGGAGUGUGUGAACUGUGGCUCCAUCUCCACGCCACUUUGGAGGCGUGAUGGCACCGGACACUUCCUUUGCAAUGCCUGCGGUCUCUAUAGCAAGAUGAAUGGCCUCAGCAGACCACUCAUUAAACCGCAGAAACGCACGUCCACGUCCAGAAGGAUCGGCCUGUGCUGUGCCAACUGUCAGACCAGCACUACGACACUUUGGCGCAGGAACGCAGAAGGAGAGCCAGUUUGCAAUGCCUGUGGUCUCUACACUAAACUACAUGGGGUACCUCGACCACUGGCCAUGAAGAAAGAAGGUAUCCAGACCAGAAAAAGAAAACCUAAGACACCGAAUAAAGCUAAAGGAGUCUCAGGAGGUAACAACUCUGUGUCCAUCACGCCAACGUCCACGUCUUCGUCCAACUCCGAGGACUGCUCAAAGACCAGCUCUCCGUCCACGCAGGUGUCUGGGGUCAGCUCAUCCGUGCUGCCCACCUCGGGGGAAGGCUCGGUCCUCAAGUACCCGGGAGCGGACGGUCUGUACGGCGGCCUGACUCAGACCUCGGACGUGGCCUCGGUGAGGGGGGAGCCUUGGUGUCCGAUGGCCUUGGCUUGAGGAUGACUCUUCCUUCUGGUAUGGAAGUGGGCGAUGUUUGAUUCUUUGCUCUCCCAGACACUUCCUCUGAGCAAGGCAUGGAGUAGCUAGCUUUGGACCUUUUAAAGAGGAGAAUCCUCCCGGAAGCAGGACCAGGAUGAUCCAUUUUGGAUGCAAAGAACCAAUCAAGGAUUUCCCUCUGCAGGCUUUGGAGAGCAGUGUUUAAACGUCAUCAUUCGUCUUUCUAAGGAUACUUUGAUCCCUUUUUUUUUUUUUCUCUUUCCACAACUGGAAUCACAUUCGCCUUCAAGUGCCGACUUUUAUCAAUCAGAAGAGAAUAUUUAUGACUCUCCCCUUGUUGUAUGAUUGGAAUAAAGUGAUGGAAGUAGAGUAGACCGUCAAGCUUUCCCAUGUCUUCUUCUUCCUGCUAGCUCUUACUGUAUGUUUGGUUGAAACAGGGUAUAUUAAUAACAUGUUCUUUCUUUUUCUUGUUGAAAAAUGAGGCUCAGCUCUUCUCACUAAGGUACGCACAUGUUUCCAAACUAGUCAAGCGCACGUAAAUGCUCAUUUCAAACAAGCGGGCAAACAGAAGACGCCUCAUGUAAAGUUCAGCAUUAAAACUGGAUUCAAAAAUACCUAGAAAUUUUUAUUUUUUAUUUUUUGUUUCACGCCUCAACAAGGUGAAGAUUCCAGGGGUGUGUUUGUUUUGUCUCACUGCACAUCCCCCUAGUUGAAGGGUGGUGUCCUAAAAAAAGCUUCAUAAGCAAUCCGACAAGAUUAUAAUAUUUUAUUUAUCUGGAUUUUUUUGGGGCGAAUUUGAAGAAUGUGUUAAAAUGCAGUCCACUAGAUUGUUGUGCUGUUGUUAGAAAUGAAUGCGGACAUCCUCAAGAAUGAAAACGUUGCCAUUGUUGGUGACAAAUUGACAUGCUGCCUUUUCUUUUUUUUUUUUGGUUUAAUUUGUUUGGGUUUGCUUCAAUAUUUUUUAAACAUUAAAGCAAACCUUUAUUCAUCCUGA